CAUCUUUCCGAUUACUAUAUUUAAGAAAAAUGAGUUCCUUACACCUUCAACGCCCAAACAAAUUGAUUUCUCGUCACUUGCAAUUUUAAAUUAAUUAAAAAAAUCUAUAAACGAUCAACGGGAGCCAUUCUGCCGUGUGGGUACGAAAAUCUCUUCCUAGUUUGUGCUGCACGCGCUUUUAUGAAAAUCAAUCGCGUUCUGCACUGAAGCUCGUGUUUUUGAAUCAAAGUUGGAAUUUUUUUCUCUUAUCAAUCGCCAAGUUUCUGCGCUGCAAGUAACCGGAGGACAAACUUCGCUGUCGGACGCUAAUCAAAGCAACAGUUUUGUGGAGAAGUCUCCAAGAUGUCGAUUUGGAGUUUGAGUUUGAUGCCUUGGCUGAGAAAGAAGAUUGUCGAUCCUUUCCUGCAGAUUAUUGGGAGAGGUGCAGAGCCCAAGCAAUUGGCGUUUUCAACAGCACUCGGUCUGACUUUGGGAAUAUUCCCCAUUUGCGGAGUCACACUGUUGCUCUGUGGAUUUGCUAUUGCAAUAUUAGGGAAGCAUUGCCAUGCUCCUAGCACUCUACUGGCCAAUUUCAUUGCUACUCCUAUUGAGCUGAGUUUGGUAAUACCAUUUUUGCGACUGGGUGAAUUCAUUACUGGUGGCUCACAUUUCCCCUUAACAUCUGAUGCUUUAAAAAAGGUUUUGACUGGUCAUGCGUCCCGAGAAGUCCUCCUCAGUAUAGUACAUGCACUACUUGGCUGGAUCGUUGCAGCACCGAUCAUACUCGCGGUGCUGUACUCUCUAUUUGUGCCCACAUUCAAGUAUCUGAUUCACAAAUUUGGUAACGUGCCUUCAAGUCCAGAGAAGCAGUCCCUUAUCCAAUCAGAUUCAAAAUUAUUCAAGUCAAGAAAGCUGUUUUAGAAGCAGUAAUAAAGCUAUCCCAAAGCUAUAAUCUUGGGAGCCUGAACAUAAAUUCAUCAUUUCCAAGAAGUUUCGUGUGCUUAAUGGAUUGUCAAGCAGAUUUCAUGUGGAUAUCAUCGACUGAUGACUCACCAUCAAAUGCAACCUUUCCUCUCUGUAUGGUCUCCGUCCUUUCUUCAUAAAGAUUUCCCUUACUCUUACAAUCAUCAAGUUUACUGAAUUGUUGUUAUGAUAUUUGAAUAAGUGCUAUGGAAUAUUGCCUCUGUUCCUCUCUCAAGUUUGCUAAAUUGCUGUUGUUUUAUACUAAACUUGUACUUGUUUGAUUUAUAAUAUCCAUCACACAAAAUUUAUGAAGUUCUUUACUUUGUC